UCUCUGCAACUUGACUACCGUAGUAUCAUCACGUGACCUAUGAGUAAUGUGUGUGCGUGUGUGAGUAUUAUUUUGGAAAAUAGUCGAAAAUCGCGAAGUCCCGUCGGCGGUGUGUCUGCUAAUUUAGGGUAGUUCUGUGAAUUAAUUUACUUCUCAAUGAAUAGGUAGGAGAUAAGACUUCCAACUAAUCAAUAAUCCACAAUGGAUCGGAACAAAAUAAUGUUAAUUUCCCUCGGGAUAUUAGUCUGUUGUUUACUGCUGUCAAAUGCUGCCAUGAUAUCAUCUCCACCUCGGAUAGUGAAACAGCCGCCGACUGAUGAAAUUCUAUUUCAAGUCGUAUCCCAGCAGAAUGAAAAUGAUAAACCAUUUAUCAUUGAAUGUGAAGCGGAGGCAGAACCUGCUCCCAAGUAUCGGUGGAUCAAAAACGGAAAAAAUUUUAAUUGGCAAGUUUAUGACACACGUAUUUCACAACAGCCAGGGAGAGGUACCUUGGUUGUGACAAAUCCAAAAGAAGAAGAUCUAGGUCAGUAUCAAUGUUUUGCUGAGAACGAAAAAGGUAUUGCCACAUCAAAUUCGGUAUUCUUGCGUAAAGCUGAAUUGAAUUCAUUCAAAGAUGAGCCUCCAAUGACGCUGAGUGCGCAAGAGGGAGAUCCUUUCAAAUUGACCUGUCAACCCCCUGAUGGUUGGCCAAAACCGAAUGUAUACUGGCUUAUUCAAAAUUUUGAUGGUGUUAUCAAGAGUAUUAACAAUUCUCGUAUGACACUAGAUCCAGAAGGUAAUCUGUGGUUUUCUAACGUAACCAGGCUGGAUGCAAGUGACGAUUUCUUUUAUGCUUGCUCUGCUUCUUCACUCUUUAGGAAUGAAUUCAAGCUUGGUAGUCGAGUUCUUCUACAAGUUGUUGCAACAGGCGUAUCAAGUGGACAAAACAAACAUGCGCCCGUACAGCAGUACGUAACGAGGAAAAACGAAGUUGCACUAAGAGGGAAGAAGAUCGAAAUGUUCUGUAUAUUUGGUGGAACGCCACUCCCACAAAUUGUUUGGAGUAAAGAUGGGCGACCUAUACAGACAUCAGAUCGGGUCACGCAAGGCAACUAUGGUAAAAGUUUGAUCAUUAAAAGUGUCACUGACGAUGACGAAGGGAAAUACACCUGUGAAGCCAGUAAUGGUGUUGGAGAAGCUAAAUCAUAUUCGAUAGAUCUUCAAGUCAUUUCUGUUCCUUAUUUCACUGUCGAGCCAGAAAUAGUCAACGCUGCAGAGGGCGAAACUGUAACAUUCAGUUGUGAAGCCUCCGGUGAACCUGAACCUAUCAUUCAAUGGGUUCAUAAUGGUAAACCUAUCGAGCAAGCCCCGAACAACCCAAGGCGUUCAAAAACGAAAAAUUCUGUCACUAUAACGAAUGUCAGAAGAGAGGACACUGGUAACUACGGUUGUAAUGCUACCAACAGUUUGGGUUAUGUUUACAAGGAUGUCUACGUCAAUGUUUUAGCCCUUGCUCCUGAAAUCACGGAACCGCCACGAGACGAAAAAACCGUCAACGGCAGGACAGUGAACAUGACUUGUCGUGUCUUCGGAGCUCCGAAACCUCUCGUAAAAUGGGUCCGUAAUUCAAUUGAAUUGACUGGUGGUCGCUACACAGUUCUUGAAAACGGAGAUUUGCAAAUCAGUGAUGUUAAUUUCCUGGAUCAGGGAGAGUACACAUGUUAUGCUGAAAACAAACUAGGCACUGCAGAAGCUGUUGGAAGUCUUACUGUGAAAGAAAGGACACGUAUCAUAGAAGGGCCUGAAGACUAUGAGGUUGCAGCCGGUAAUACAGCAACGUUCCGGUGCAAUGCUGUCACCGAUUCCUCUCUCCGUCUAACAAUUGACUGGGAAACCGAUGGAGGUCCCAUUGAUUUUGACUCCGAACCAAGGUUUAUCCGGUCAAACGAUUACUCUCUGACGGUUACAAAAACGACAGAGUUGGAUUCCAGGACGUACACUUGUGUGGCUCGCACUGAAUUGGACAAUGCUACUGCCCAGGCAACUUUGACUGUGCAAGAUGUUCCAAAUGCUCCAAAACUUGUCAGUGUCAAUUGUGAGAAGAAAGAAGCAACAAUUAGAUGGUCGCCCUCUGGAGAUAACCGUGCUCCGAUAUCACGAUACAUCAUCCAAUAUAACACCAGUUUCACCCCUGAUGCGUGGGAAAAUGCCUUCGACAAUGUACCAGCAACUGACAUGGCCUAUAUCGUUCCAAUGAGCCCUUGGUCAAAUUACACAUUCCGUGUAAUUGCUGUCAACAAAAUCGGAUCCUCGCAGCCCUCUCCUCACUCUUCAACAGUUUGCACAACACAGCCAGAUGUUCCUUACAAAAAUCCUGACAACGUAGAAGGCAAAGGAACAGAACCCAACAAUAUGGUGAUUCGUUGGACGAUAAUGCCUGAAAUCGAACACAAUGCUCCUCGAUUCCAGUACCGAGUCUCGUGGAAGCGUGACAUACCUGGUGAAGGUUGGAGUUCAGACGACAUAGUGGAUUGGAGGAGAUCGGAGCAUCUUGUCUCAAAUCUGCCAACGUUCCAGCGUUACCAAAUCAAGGUUGUGGCCAUGAAUGAAAAAGGUCAAGCGAACGUUGCUGCAAAAGAAGUUAUCGGAUACUCAGGUGAAGAUGUGCCAACGCAAGCUCCCACCAAUUUUACAAUUGUUCAAGUGGUCUCUGCUACCAGUGCCAUUUUAAGUUGGAACCCUGUACCGCUGGAAUCUAUCAGGGGCCAUUAUGAAGGCUACAAGAUUCAAACAUGGACGGAUAAAGACGGGGAAAACGGGGCAAGAGAAAUUCUCGUCAAAGGUGAUUCGACAAGGGUUCACAUCAAUAAGUUUGUCCCGGACUCAAAGAAUUAUGUUCGCGUUUUGGUCUACAAUGGCAGAUACAAUGGGCCGGCUAGUGAAACGUUAAAUUUCAAAACAAUGGAAGGAGUGCCGGGUACUGUCCAGAUGCUCGAAGCAAGUGCUCUUGGCUCUUCAGCUUUGUACUUGACAUGGAAGCAACCAGAACAACCAAACGGGCAAAUAACGGGCUACAAAAUCUACUACCAAACCGUAAAAGGUACCAAAGUUGGUCCCUUGCUAGAGCGGGAUCACCACAUCCCAGGUUCAAAAUUGACACACGCCAAGUUGGCUGGUCUUGAGCCAGGCACUAUGUACCGAGUCACGGUGAAAGCAACUACUCGAGCCGGAGAAGGUGAAGGUUACUUCGUCGAAAAAAGAACCAGGGGUUCCCAAGCGGCUCCUCCAGACACACCGCGCUUCAACUGGUUCAGGCUACAGUCUGAAAAUGGUUUCUCGAGUGUCAAAGUUGUUUGGCUGCCGAAUCUCGAGUCGAGUAAACCAGGUUCUCACUUUUUCGUCAAGUACAGAUUGAAGCGAGAUCCAGUGUGGUUGGAAAGUGAUGCUGAGUUGAGUGAAGAUUAUAUCAUCGUUCGUGGUUUAAAACCAGGAGAAAUCUACGAGUUCAAAGUUGUAGCUGUGGACGGAGAAUACAUGACUGAAUCACAUGCUAAAGAAGUAGAAAUACCCGUUCUAGAGGGUCCAUUAAUCUACCCAAGCGGAGGUGAUAACAUUAUUACCGCUGGAUGGUUCAUAGGCAUGAUGCUUGCGAUUGCCUUCCUAGUCCUGGUUCUCAUUCUCAUCUGUGUUGUCAAACGCAACCGAGGCGGCAAAUAUGUCGUUCAUGAACGCGAAGCAGUUCAUGGAAGGCAUGACUACCCAGAUGAACCCAACUUCCAAGAAUACUCUCAGCCGCUCGACAGCAGGUUGCAUCGAGGUGGAUCCACAAACUCGGACCACAGGCAUCCUGAAAGUGAUACGGACUCGAUGGCCGAGUACGGUGAAGGUGAUACGGAGGGUAUGAAUGAAGAUGGAUCCUUCAUCGGUUUAUACGGGAGGCAAAAAAAGCAAGGUGAAACAUCAAGCGGAUUUGCUACCUCCGUCUAGCCGAUUUACUGAGGAUGGCUCUUUUAUCGGACAGUAUGGACAAGGUGCUGCCAGUAAAAGCAAGCCAGAAGAACCUCAGUCACCAUCAGCUAUUGCAACAUACGUGUAAAUGUGUAAAGAACUAAUUUUUUGAUCUGGCUCUAACAGAGUCUGCCAGCGAAGAAUCUUCUCUGCUUUCUCAAAGCGUAAAAUUGAUGUACUGUAAAGCUGAAGACCUGUUUUGCUUGUUUUCAUUUAAUUUAUUGACUGCAGUGUAUAUAUUUUUGUAUUUUUUUUUUUUUUUUUAAUUUCUAAUUAGUUAAGGUAGAUUAAUUCAGUCAAUCGCUGUGAUUGGAAAAUUAUUGGAUCUGAUCUGCUGUAUCUCUCGAAGUAGGAAUGUGUUCAAAGGAGCGAGUUAGUUGCAUGAGAUUGCAAGGCUUUUAUGUCAUUUUACCAAAAAAUGUCCAAUCAACUUUGGUCAAGUUCCACGUCCAAAGUACACUUCCUGACAAUUGUUACUGCAGGUCUGUUCUUCAAGAAUCGUAAAGUCAUUUGCUGUUCCUACUGCCAUUGCAGUCACUCUGGAGAGCACGCCAAGUAUCUUGUGCAACUAACUCACUCGCUCUUUCAAUUUUGAAAUUACAAUGAAAUCUGUUGCGUUUGUCUGUACUGAAAGUAACAGAAAAUCUUUUUAGACUGAUUGUAUUCUAAGUAAUAAUUGCGUACUCAGCGGCUAAUUAAAACAGGAAAAGGGAUAACUGUACGAAAAAAGCUUGUUGGACUCGGCAUUCCUUCAUCAGGGUUGCAAUUAUCCCUUCAUUUUGAUGAAAUUCCAUGAAAGGAUGGACCAUACACACAUACAUAUUUAUUCUUGCCAGAAAUGAAAUCCAAGAGAAACGAAUAAUUGAGUAGAGGAUAAAUUAGGUAGGCAUAUAAAAAAAGACUCAUAAAAAAAUAAGUAAAAAUAUCGUCAACCACUCCAUCAGAAGAGUGUAGUUUACAGAAUAAGAAAGAGAAAGGCAUCAAAGGAACAACUGCGAAUGAUUUCCUUGCUCAUGGUAAAAAUCACUGCCUCCAGUUUGAAGUGAAGUUACGUUUAUUACUUUUACUUAACUACUUGAUUUAGAAAACUUAUAUCAAAAUAAAGACAGUUAUGAACCCCAAUACUUUUCUAAGUAGAAUCCACAAAUUGCUCUAUUUUGUGAUCCAGAUAAUUGCUUGUGUUACAUGUACAAGUACUUCACAUAAAAGGAAUACUCGUAAAGUGAUAGAAAGUUUAUAAUUAGAUCUUAGUUUCAAAGUACUCUAUUUUUUGCUCCGUCGUAAAAUUCAUCAUCAAUAUUUUUUUGAUACAUUAGUUUUUCCCCCCACUACAAUAUGAAGGUACUAAUACCGCUGCCAAUUGUAGCAGAUGUAGAUCUGUUGCUUUAUCAGGUACUAACAAUAAGCUAGACUUUAUUUAUUGUGACUCAAUGGCUAUUCGCGUAUUAUUUUUGUACUCGUUGAAUUGUGCUGGAAUGUAGUUUUCUCUCUCAUUUAUUUUUUUUUAAUGAGCCAUCAUCAAUCAUCCAUUUCUUUGCAUGAGGUUUGGUUUAUAAAAUAAGUACAGCAAACCGCACAAGGAAUAGUUAAAAAUGACGUAAAUUAGUUCUCACUUGCGUGUAAAUUGUCAAUAUUGUGUACUUGUUUCGCCGGCUGCACCCUCCAGCAUCAUCAGCACGUUUCUGAAGAGGAGUUGAGAUUCACGAUAAAGUUAUUUUAAAAUUUGAUUUCCUUGAAUUUUGUCCAACAGAACAUGCCGAAUUGAAACUAAAAUAUUUGUCAAGUUCUUCGAUUAUUACUUAUGAUCGUUUUUUUAUCAAUUCAGCACUAAAUUAGUUGAUCUGUUCCUCUGCUUUAAGCAACAUAUUCGUAAGAGACAGCAUUAAAUGAAUCUCAUUUAGUCGACAUCAAGUUUUUAAAUAAGCGCGUUGUUCUUUCAAUUUUCCUCCUUUCAUUUUGCAUGAAUUUUAAUGUUCGAAUCUCUAGCGCUAUCUAUCUCUUGCCCAAGAAGGAGCAUGUAUCCCUAUUGAUACUACAUGUACUGUGUAAUGUAUGUUCCAGUCACAAGUUAUUAACGGAAGUUUAUCUUUUCAAUCGAAGCAAUCUAUCCUGAAUAACCUUGCCAGAUUAACAUGUAAAUAGUGAGUAAUUUUUUAUUCUCAAAUUUACUCUAUUUUUAUACUGUGGUCUUUUUUCUAAUUACCAAAUUCUAUCAAAAAAUUUCUUGUGAGAUCGAUGUCUGUAUUUUUCAAUUUUUCUUUCCUUUUUUUCUUGUAAGUUUUACAAAUGUCCUUGCUUUAUAGUGCUUCUGCAGGCAAUUUUACUUUGUUAGUAGUUCUAUAGAGAUAGGUCACUACAUUUUCGCGACAAAUGUCAGUAUCAGAAACAUUUCCUGAAAUGAAUUUUCAAUGAUUAUGGAUAUAGUCGAAUUAUGUUCAGCAGAAUAAAAUCAAGGUCCUCCCAGGAACAAGGAGUCAGCUUGUCAGGUAGAAUUCAGGGCAGAAUUCUGUGCAGGAAUCAAUGCAAAAUUUAGCCCAAGUUAAUCACCCACCUGACCGAAGGUGGAUAAAGAAAAGUGGUUGCAUUUCGAGUUAAGCCACCAUAAUAAAGGCUGUGAUGACAGAGGGUACAUGCCUUGUUAUGCAUUCAGGACGCACCCAAAGUUUAUUUGAUGCAGUGUGAUGUCAACAAGAUGCGACCACCAUUCUUUAUCCGCCUUGCAUCUGAUCGUCUGUUUCUCAAAAACUUGGAUCAAUUCUGCCAAAUGUAAUCUAAUCCUCUCCAACCUUAAGAUUCCAACACAUUUUGUAAACUAAAAUAUUGUAUACAGAUUAAUCGUAAUUUUUUUUCUUCAUGGCCCUGUCCCUAGGUUUUUACAAACCAGUAAGGCAUUGUUAAUCUCUGUUAAUAUUUGUAAACGAUUUAUAAAAAAAACUUUUGUCACUCUUUCUCCCUUUUUACGUUUAAUUCUCCAGUCUGCAUUUUCAACUUGACUUGAAUAUACAUAUGUUUGCCUCGUGAGCAACCUUCUAUUUUAAUAGAAAAAGCAUCUUCUAGGUGUCGCUAUCCCUACCAUGAUAACUGUUUCACACCUAAUAAACUGAGUUUAUUAGAAAGGAAUCAAAUGCAUGGAAGUAUUUAUAAAAGCAUAUUUUGUAUAGAUGAAUAAUUAAUCGUAACAGUGUCAUUUCUGACAGAAGUUGAACAAAUUGGUUUCCUUCUGUUAGACUUGGUUCACAUAUUCGUUGUACUUUCAGUAUUCCCAAGUAUUAUUACCAAAUACUAACAUUUGAGGGGGCAAAAUUUGGAUUGUACAUAAUAUGGUCAAAAUUUAGCCAAUGAAUUGGAUGAAAUAUUGUAUAAAUGUAACCCCAGUUUUUCUCUCAUUUUGACAAAAGCUGAUCUUUAUCAGUGACGAAAAAAUAACUCGCAGGAAAUCAAUUUCUUUAGUUAUCAAAUGGUUUUAGACGAGAGUGUAUCAUAAAUACUUAUUGUUUUCAAAAGUCAAGCCUGAAUUGUCCAUUUUCGUUAAUUUUAAGAUGAUAAGCCUAAACAAUAGACUCCAAUUUUUUAAUUUUAGCCUGAAAAAGUCUUGCAUUACGCAAUGCAUGGAGCCUUUCCAAAAAAAAAUAAAAAUAAAAAAAAAAUAAAUAAAUAAAAAUAAAAAAUACAUGAAUACAAACAGAAAAUUUGUACACUGGCCUAAAAUCUGUCUCAUGUCUCUUAUUAAUAUUUUUCGAUUUUUCUUUGAACUCUUCUUAAUUUGAGCAUCAACUGCCAAUAGAGCUAUUUCUUGCUGUAAAUAUGUUAAUAAUUUUUAUUUCUAACUGUAAAUAGGCUGUCAUAUCCAAUAAAUUUGUACCUAAUUUAUUUUAUAUUAAUUUUUUAGCUCAUUUUUAUUUGUCAAUUUUUUAAUUUUCGUUUCAAAUAGUUUCUUUGGUUUAUUUUUGUCAUCAGAGGGUGCCGUGAAAGCAAAUUAUAAAUCAAGGUACAUAUUGGUCACAGUGAAAUUUUCAGAAAAUUUUUUGUGUCUUUCACUUCUCAGUUCUUGUAUAUUUGUGUUAAAAGUCAGUAUUAAAAGACAUUGAAUUUUUGACUGGAAAAGUUGACCAGCAAAGCGGAAUAAGGCAUGAUUGUGUAUGUAUUUUAGCCUUAUCUCGUUUUAUGACCAAGUAUGGAAGACAGCAUACUAUAAUUUUAAAAUUUUACUGUCGUUAUGGACAGCCUAUUAGUUUUAAAGGAGGACAUUUUAAGUGAUUCAGUUCAAUCUUGAAUGUAUUCUUAAAAAUUUUCGAUGGCAAACAUUUUGUAAAUUUGGCAGUGUAACGCUUUUAUAUUGUGAUUUUAUUGAAGCAGCUUUUUAUUUGUUUGUAACUUACAGUUCUGAGACUUGAAACUUUUAAAUCUCCUUCAAUCUAUAUCCGUUCCUUGGUCAUAUUAUUUUAUUGCAAUGAAGUAUUCCUUAGUUUUUACUCAUAGCAUAUGGCAGAGAAAGGUAUUUAAUACUAUUUUAUUUAAGAACAAGGCUGGAUUAAUGUACAAAAGAAGUCUUGCUCAGCAGUGAAUAUUUUAAGGUAAUUCUUUAAUGGCUUAACUCCAAAACGAAGUCUUAAUUGCAACAUCUUUAAGUUUUUGUGCUUCUUAUAUGUUUUAUAAGGAAAGAAAUCAGCUUUAUGACCUAAAUUCGUUUACAUUGAUUGGCAUGAAAUGACGAAGAAGAACUUAAGAAAAUUUCAAGUCAUAAUGUUGAGUUGAUUUCCGCUCAAAAAUUAAUCAACAGAAGUGUUACGAGGAUGUAAUUGAAAUUCUUUGUUUUCGAGUUGGGUCAUAAUAAUAAUUGUUCUUCAAGAACAUAUGAUAAUACAGUGACCUGAAGAGAAAAAUGUUAUGAAAUUACGUACAAUGAGAGGGAAUUAUAGCAGAACUUAGUCUGGCAUGAAAAUUUUUUUUGCGUUUCUGAAGUCAAGUCAAACAAUCGUUUGAAGGCAUUAGUCUGAGAAAGAAAUGCCUGAAAUACUGUCUCAAGUUAUCAGUGCCAUGCAGUACUCUUGACGAUAAAUUAGCUUUUGCUCUUAAAAGAAAAAUAAUAAACGAAAAAUUUCUUCGGAAGUUUCAUUCUCUGUAAUAUCUUAUAAAUAAAUGCUUCUUCUCAGGAGCCUCAAUUUUUGAAUGAGAUUUAAAACGUAUUUAGUGGUUAUAUAAUCCCUCAUAGUCUCAAUCUGUAAGUUAAUGGAAGCGUAACAUGGUUUUUUUCUCCUCCUCCAUCUUUGCUUCCCAGAAUCUCUGUCUUAGUUAAUUUACCUUUAUUUAGGAGCUACUGAAUUUUUGAAGGGUAAUUUUUAGUUAUUUUUAUAUUUAUUUCUAUUUGUUAGCGGUUUCCUUGUUAUCCCCACUGUUACUCUCAUUUCCCCAACUCUGAUAUAAUUCACUUCUCACUCUCAGACUUGUGAAAUUAGUUCAUCACUCUAAUUCGGGCCUUGUGUCUUCAAAGGUACCACACCGUUAUUGAACAAUGUUCAGCAGUAUUCAGAAAAAUUGACUGUAUUACUGGAAUUGAACUGCCUGUUUGAAAAGGGGUGUAAGCAAUCCAUUAAUUUCAGCGGUCUUAUGUCUCUCUUCAAAUAUGCCGUUCAGUCGGUUUCAUAUAUUUUCUAAUAAUUUAUCUCCUGUUAUGCUACGAAGUGCAAAUUACGAAUCUAAGAAUUUAUUAGGCAUUUCCUUCUACGUCCAAUCUAGAAAAUAAAUGUUAAUUUUGAAUCAAAAAAGUACUCUUAGGCCCCAAAGGUGCUUCACAGUACCAAUACUAUUGUACUUCUAGCCUGCUGUACCACAUGUUGAUCUAACGCAGCUGCUUUUUUUCAAUAUUGUUUAGAUUUAAGUUUUUAAUUCUAUGACGUUUCUUUUUUUUCUCUUUUUUUAUCCUUUUAUUAGUUCUGUUGCCUAUGAUGUUACAUGGGAAACGUACUUAGUACCUCAGCAAGCACUAUAGACUUUGAUCAAUAUUAAUAUUGAUCCAAACCUUGGAAUGACAGAUAAUUGAUAGAGAGUAUGGUUGCGGAAGAUUCAUAUCUGAAUCAUUAUCAGCUUUUUCAAAUCAAAAACUUUAGCUAGUGUGUAUUGAUUAUCCUAGAAUUUUUUCUUUUUUUGCAAAUCCUCAUCCAUUUUAACAUCUCUGAUGAUUAUUAAAUCGAAUUUGAACAACUUCCUGUCAAAUGAAACGUUUUACUUUUCCAUACAUCAUUACUUUAGAGCUGUCUCCAAUUGUUCAUUAAGUAGCCUUCAUUUGACUCGAAUGAAUUUUUCACUUAAAUUGAAUUCAUUAAUUGGAGUUAAAUGAAGGAUUUAUGAGCUCCUGACCUUAUACUUUCGUUUUUUAUCAAUAUAAUUAUGGAUUCGAAAUCGCAAGGCCUUGUUAAGGCAUGAUACAUGGUAUUAUAGUCACUGGUUGAGGUUCUAAUUACGUUCAAAGCACGCUUGCUAAUUUUUUUUUUCUAUCUUGUUGAUGUUAGCACAUGUUUUGUAGAGUUUAAUUCAAGUUCCAGUUAGUUCACCCCUAACUAAUGUGUUAUUAUUAUUUAACAUAAAUAAUAAAUUAAAAGAAAAAGUUGAAAUGGAAUUGAUUUUCAAGUUAGAUCAAUGAAUAACUUGGUGUUGAAUCUUAUUUUUUUUUUUAUUUUUUGUCUUAGCUUUACUAUCGAUACAUUCCUCAUUUUUUUCUUUUGUUAAUCCUCAAGAAAACUCUUUUUAUUUUUUAUUAUUUAUACAUUUUAUUUGUUUCUCUCUUCCUUUUUAAGUUCAUGUCUUCAUUCAAAAUGUUCUUGAUCUCUUGUCCACCUCUCUCCAGUUUUUACUCCUUUUUUUUCACCUUUUUAUUUAUUUUGUAUGCUUUUGUAAAGACAGAAUCCGACAUGAAUAAAAUUUUAGUUAAAAAAUUUAUAAUUUCUCUUGUUUAUUAUCGUUUUUAUUUUUCAUCUUUCCCUUUCUCCUGACUAUUUUCCUGUCUUUGAGUUUCCUCUCUUUCUAUCUUAAGGAGUAAAGAGGCUUGUUGUCAACGCUUAAGCUUUCAGCUGACUAGACAGCCAUAACGAGAUUACCAAAAUUAAAUUUCUCAUGGUGAUUGUUUUCACUACAAAAAAAAAAAAAAAAUUCAGCGCCCUCUAAAUUGUCUAUCAAGAAAGUCAAGGCCCUGGAGUCAAUGCAACUUUGAUCGAAUUCCAAA